UCUCAAGCCCCUUUGGGAACCUGGGAGGGUACGAGACCAGGAGUUCUAGACUCCUUGUCCCACUGUGGGGAAGUUUUAAUUUAUUUUACGUAUGGGGCUUUGUCAUAAAUUUCUGUUAGCACAAAAAGUUCAACUGAUUUUCAGGGGUUUAAAAAUGGCAGUGUGGUAGAAAGAGGUCCGAAAGGGGAGUCAGACUUGGUUCGAAGGCUGUCACCUACUGAGACAGAGGGAAAACAUACCUCUCCUCCCUGAUAACUGGCGGCAGUACCUACCUCACCAGGACGUUGUGAUGUCGAAACUAUGAGCGUGGGAGGUACAGCGGCUGAGCACGGGUUCCACCCUCUGCCGUCUUCAGGCAGGAAGUCCCACCUCCGUGACCCCAACCCAAUCCUAACCCUCCAUCCCACCCGGAAGUGGAACCCGUGGACCAAGACAUCCACUCCACACGCCAGGACAUCAACCCACCGGCCAAGAUAGCCUUCCACCGGCCAAGAUAUGGAUCCAUCCCACCCAGAGUCCCACCCCACCAGCCAAGAGUCUGACCCUGCAGACCUAGACUUCGACUCUGUUGACCAAGAUUAUUUCUCUUCUGGCCACAAGUUCGACUCUCUCUACCAAGAACUGGACCUGGACUCUCUUAAUGAAGAUCUUCUUUCUCAGUCUAUGCCAGGCGCCAUGACAGUGACCUCUGUGGGCAUAUAUGAAUCCCACUCAAUAGCCAAACUAGAGGAUCUCACAGAGGCCAUGCAACGGGAGCUCAAAUGACUCACUAAAUUGCAAGCAGAAAUUGUAACCCUACGCCAUGUGCUGGCAGCCAAAGAGAGACACUGCAUGGAGCUUAAGAGGAAGCUGGGCCUUACGGCCUUUGUGGAACUGAUGCAGAAUCUGUCCAAGAGUUGGCAUGAUGUUCAAGUCUCUAACGCCUACAUGAAACAAAAGACAUCAGCUGCCCUGUCCACCAUGGGCUCUGCCAUCUGCAGGAAUUUUGGAGACAUGAAGAAGUCAGCCACAUUCAGAUCCUUUGAAGGUCUGAUGGGGACAAUUAAGUCCAGGGUCGCAGGUGGCAGACAGCUUGGCAGUGACUGCCUUCCUUUCUCAGUGGGAAGUGGGGAUGAUCCACCCCCAGUUUCAGGGAGUACAGAUGACCUGCUCCCAGUUUCAGGGAGCAAGAAUGAUCCAGUUCCAGGGAGUAAGGAAGAUCUACUUCCCUUUCUGGAGCCAGAAUGAGCUUCCUCAUAACCCUGCCUGGCCACCUAACCAAUGCAAGAACUCCCUUCCCUAAUCCCAACUGCACUCUGCCCACCAGA